UUUCAGCAAUAUCCAGGUGUGAACCAGCUGUCCUCUUCCUUAGGAGGGUUAAGUCUACAGCAUUCUCAGCAGCCAGAAAGCUUGAGACCAGUAAACCUUACACAAGACAGAAAUAUUUUGCCUGUAUCUUCAGUUCCAGCACCUGUGCCUAACUUGAAUUCUGAUCUUAGGAAGUUAAACUGCAGUCCAGACUCAUUUCGAUGUACGCUGACAAAUAUUCCACAGACACAGGCUUUGUUAAACAAAGCUAAGCUUCCUUUGGGUUUGUUGCUACAUCCCUUCAGGGACUUAACGCAAUUACCAGUAAUAACAUCAAGCACAAUAGUGAGGUGCAGAUCCUGCAGGACAUAUAUCAACCCUUUUGUUUCUUUCAUUGAUCAAAGGAGGUGGAAAUGCAAUCUGUGCUACAGAGUUAAUGAUGUUCCUGAAGAAUUUAUGUAUAAUCCUCUGACGCGAUCUUACGGAGAGCCUCACAAACGGCCAGAGGUCCAAAAUUCUACAGUGGAAUUCAUUGCUUCUUCAGACUAUAUGCUUCGUCCUCCUCAGCCUGCGGUAUAUUUAUUUGUUUUAGAUGUGUCUCAUAAUGCCGUGGAGGCUGGAUAUUUGACAAUAGUCUGCCAGUCGUUGCUGGAAAACCUAGACAAGCUGCCUGGAGACUCGAGAACAAGAAUAGGGUUCAUAACGUUUGACAGCACUGUUCAGUUUUACAACUUACAAGAAGGUUUAUCUCAGCCUCAGAUGCUGAUUGUCUCAGAUAUUGAUGAUAUUUUCCUACCUACUCCAGAUAGUUUACUUGUAAAUCUCCAUGAAAGCAAAGAGCUGAUAAAAGAUCUAUUGAAUGCGUUACCAAAUAUGUUCACCAAUACAAGAGAAACACACAGUGCGUUGGGCCCUGCUCUUCAGGCUGCGUUUAAGCUGAUGUCUCCAACGGGUGGUCGGAUAUCUGUAUUUCAGACUCAGUUACCAUCUUUGGGAGCAGGUCUUUUGCAUUCCAGAGAAGAUCCCAAUCAAAGGUCAAGCACAAAGGUGGUCCAGCAUCUUGGUCCAGCAACAGAUUUUUAUAAGAAGUUGGCACUGGACUGCUCAGGCCAGCAGACUGCUGUGGAUUUAUUUCUCUUAAGUUCGCAAUAUUCUGAUCUAGCUUCUCUUGCUUGCAUGUCCAAGUAUUCUGCUGGAUGCAUCUAUUACUAUCCAUCUUUCCAUUGUAGCCAUAAUCCUGCUCAGGCCGAAAAGUUUCAAAAAGACCUUAAAAGAUACCUUACAAGAAAGAUUGGAUUUGAAGCAGUCAUGCGCAUUAGAUGUACAAAAGGUCUUUCAAUACACACUUUUCAUGGGAACUUUUUUGUACGGUCUACUGAUUUAUUGUCCCUUGCCAAUGUCAAUCCUGAUGCUGGAUUUGCAGUACAAAUGUCCAUCGAGGAAAGUCUGACUGACACAUCUUUGGUUUGUUUUCAAACAGCUCUUUUGUAUACUUCCAGCAAAGGUGAACGUCGAAUUCGAGUGCACACACUUUGCUUGCCUGUAGUAAGUUCACUGGCUGAUGUAUAUGCAGGAGCGGAUGUACAAGCAGUUGUAUGCCUCUUAGCAAACAUGGCUGUGGAUCGCUCAGUUUCAUCUAGUCUUUCAGAUGCAAGAGAUGCCUUAGUUAAUGCCGUGGUGGACUCCUUGGCGGCAUAUAUGUCAACUGCCUCAAAUCUGCAGCAGUCCAUGCUGAUGGCACCAAAUUCCCUCAAGCUGUUUCCACUGUAUAUUUUGGCCCUUCUCAAACAGAAAGCAUUUAGAACAGGCAUGAGUACACGCUUGGAUGAUCGCGUAUAUGCAAUGUGCCAGAUGAAGAGCCAGCCUCUUGUUCAUUUGAUGAAAAUGAUACAUCCCAACUUGUACAGAAUAGACAAGUUGAUUGAUGAGAGUACAAUACAUGUAAAUGACAGAGUUGUUCCUCAGCCACCUCUUCAGAAGCUGUCUGCAGAGAAGUUGACAAGAGAAGGAGCUUUUCUGAUGGAUUGUGGUUCA